UCUUCAUUAGGUGGUUUUUAAGUGUACAUGUUCUGGUUAAUUGCAUUAUUUCUGAAAUUUUUAUUAGAGAUGAAGGCCGAAUUACAGGAUCAACAAAGUUUUGGUGUUUGAAAGGAUUACAAUGUAGAAGAAUCAUAUUUGUACCACAUAAGUUCAACUACUACUGCAAAAUACAAGUCUAAGGAACAGAGAGAAUCAACUACAAUGUUCUCAGUUCUAAGUUUUAACCCAGCUCUCAAUCAUUAUUCUACGAUAUCAAAUUGUUGAUGUUUUUGUACUGUUGAGUGUAUGCCAGGUUAUCGGCCUGUGGAUAGAAGGAAACAGUUAGGGGGCAUAACAGAACAUGACAGGUGGCAUUUGAUGAUUGGAGAUAGGAAUUAUUUCUAUAUAUUUGACAGGUGGGGUCAACAAGGGGUAGGCGAGAAUUGGGUAGUGGUGGGAAGGCUAUGGACUUGAUAGAUAUGGCAGUAAAACCAACAGUUGCAUUAAGGGCUAUUCUUGUUGGAGGCAUAGCAGCAUUUGCUAAAAUAGCUGGUGCAAUGAAAGCUGCAGGUGGUGCAAAAAUGGGUGCAGCAGCAGCUGCCAUGACGGCCGCAGCAACUGCAGCUAUGACGGGGUCAAAGCAAGAGCAAAAUGAUGCUUCUCAACAGUCUGCAAAAUAACUAUCUGCAUCUUUUCUUUUCAUUUCUUCCAGUUUGACAUUGUGUGUUGGUAAGUUUCUGUAGCUUAGUUGAAUAUCUCCACAUUUAAGUGGAAGAAAGAGGCCAUAUGCGAAUUAUAGUCUUGACAUGUAAUAACCUCUUAAAGUCUUUGUAAUAAGAUUACAUUGAAUUUACAGAGUUCCUGAAGUUUUAGACGGAGCUA